AUGAAAGGCACCUCUGGCUCGGGGAGCGACUUCACCAUCGGCGCCAUCCUCCGCCUGAUCGCCCGCAUCCUCCAAUUCGUCCUCGCCCUCACCGUCGCCGGGCUAUACGGCGUCGACCUACACCACGCCCACCAAGCCCACGUCUACGCCGACUCCAAAUGGGUGUACGCAGAGGUAGUCGCCGGCAUCUCCGCCGUCACAGCAUUCAUCUACAUGCUACCCAUCCCGAUGAUAAAGCCAUGGUUCCUGUGGCCGCUUGACACGCUGAUCUUUAUCCUGUACAUGGCCCUCUUCGGCACCUUUGGCAAAAUGUACAUCAACGAGGACCCCGAGGGCGACGCGGGCAUCACGCGCAUGAAGCACGCCGUCUGGGUCGACCUGGUCAACAUGCUGCUCUGGUUCUUCACGGCCGUGUACGGCGCCGUCAUCUUUGUGAUUCAUAGACGGGGGCGGAGUUUGCAUACCGGGCGUGCACAGGUUUGA